GUGUUUACACAGGGUUAACUACACCAGGCGCUGCUCCUUUAAGGUGUUGCGUAACCCUCUAGGAGGGGCCGCCUGUGUCUGAACGCUGAAUCUUUGCGCCGUCAGUCGUCCGCUCCUCUCCUCCAACUCCGUAAAAAAGCAGAAUGUAAACCCUCAAGCCGGCAGAUAGUGUGAGAAAGAGUGGGAGUGUGUGUGUGUGUGUGUGUGUGUGUGUGGGGGGGGGGGGGCACUAUGAGUGUGUUCAAGUACUCCCCCGUGGACUUCCUCUUCAUUUGUGUGGGUCUGCUGCUCCAGCUGCUGGACGUCGUGCUGGACGCGGUGGCCUUGGUGUCCUUCUACCAGGAGGGGGCGUACUGGAGCCUCGGCGUCCUGCUGCUGUUGCUCAUGGGCUCCUCGGCGCUGGUCCAGGCCUUCAGCUGGCUGUGGUACAGCGACCCGGACUCUGACCCCCGGCACACCCGGGUGGAGAAGUGGCCGAGCCGGGGCACGCUCAGGCUGCUCCACCUGCUGCAGCUGGGAGUCUACCUCAGGCACGCCGGCGUGGUGGAGGCGUCCCUGUGCAGCUCGGGGGUCGGCGACCCCGCGGGCGUGGCCGUGAGCCUGAGCCACGACCUCAGCAUGCUGCGGCUGUUCGAGGCGUUUUCAGAGAGCGCCCCGCAGCUCGUGCUCAUGCUCGCCAUCACGCUGCGGAGCGGCGAGCUCGACCCCGUCACAGUGCUGAAGGCCGUGGGCUCGGCCUCGGCGGUGGCCUUCAGCGUGACCAUGUACCACCGCUCUCUGCGCUCCUUCCUUCCCGACAAGGAGAAGCAGCGCGCGGCGUCGUCGGCGCUCCACUUCCUGUGGAACCUCCUCCUCGUCUCCUCCCGCCUCGCCGCCCUCGCCCUCUUCGCCUCGGCGCUGCCGUGCUUCAUCUUCGCCCACUUCCUGUGCUCCUGGGCGCUCCUGCUGCUGGCGGCGUGGCGGUCCCAGACGGACUUCAUGGACGGCCCCGGUGGCGAGCGUCUCUACCGCGGCGCCGUGGCCCUCGUCUGGUACUUCGACUGGUUCAACGUGGCGGAGGGGCGGACGCGGCGCCGGGCGCUGCUGUACCACGGCUACGCGCUGGCGGACGUGUCCGCGCUCUGCGGCCUGUGGUGCUGGACGGUGAGCGCCCGGCCGCCGCGUUUCGAAAUCCCGCCCCGGAGCGCCGUGGCCGUCGCCGUCGCCGUGGUUGCGGCCUACGUCCUCGGCCUCCUGCUGAAGAUGGUCUACUACAAGUGGUUCCAUCCCAACGUGGCCAAGGACGAGCUGAGGGGCGUCGCCGACGACACCGACUGCCGCGCGCGGCCAGAGGCGGACGCCGAGGUGCCGAGGGUUCGAUUCCACGGCGUCCCCGAGGCCUUCGGCCUGAGGAGCGACGGCGACGUGACGGAUCGCGGCGGGCCGAGCGCCGUGGCGCCCGACGCCACGCGCUGCAACAAGAGGAUGAGGAAGUUGGCCGAGAACUUCUACUCCUGACCCGCGUCACGUGACCACCGGACUGAGUCAUACGUCACGUGACCUCAGGACCUCAGGGUGUUAUGUGACGGGCUGUGACUCGCUGCCCGGCGACCAGAUUCAACCUCACGAGUCACGACCGCUGAACGCACCGUCACCACGAUGUGAACCGAGAGCUGACCAUGUUUUUGUCUUUUUUAUUCUAAAGGACGGGAUCAGUUUGUCUGUGGUACAUUUUAAAUAGAUGUAUUUAUGUUGCUGUAACUCAUCGUGUCUGUGAUGAGAUUCUCAUUUUUUACAGCAGUUGAAACAAUCGGGGACAAAACCACACCAUUUUAUUUUAACUCUAAAUCUGUCCUUCUGUACACAUGACAUCUAUUGCAUCUGUCCAUCCUGGAGAGGGAUCCUCCUCUGUUGCUCUCCUCCAGGUUUCUUCCCUUUUUUUCCCCCUGAAGGGUUAUUUGGGAGUUUUUCCUGGUCCGAUGUGAGGUUUUGGGGCAGGGAUGUCUAUGUGUACAGAUUGUAAAGCACUCCGAGACAAAUUUGUAAUUUGUGAAAUUGGGCUAUACAAAUAAACUGAAUUGAAACUGAAUUUCAAUAUUUAAAGGAGACGUUUAGGGGCGUGGCCUAUCACAAGAAUAUGGGCGUGGCCUAUCACAAUUAUUACGUUAUCAGCUAACCUCAAUCAUUUUGACAAAUUACUUAUCUUAUGUUUUGUGGACAAGGGCUCGAUCAUCUUUACAUGAAUGAAAUCUUUCGUAUACGGACACAUUCUCAAUAAUUUUUUACAUAAAUUGCCUCAAUAUAUUGUUGGAUUAUAAUAUUUGUUCUUAACAUUCCUGUUCCAAAGAAAUUGUUUAACUCAUUAAAUAUAAAUAUAUAUAUAUAAAUUAUUUUAAGUUCAAGAUUUUACAAAAGUCAAACCUCAUUAAUAUUUAUGAUCUAUAUUUUUUCUUAAACAGCAAUUUAAUGCAUUUACCUUCAGUAUUUACCUCUUAAUGCAAACACACUAGAUUCACUUCAUAGUUAGUGAAGUCUAUAUUUAAUAAAACUUUAGUCUUUGGGGUUCUUGCAACAUUUCUUGUAAACACGGUUUUAAUUUUAAAAAAUCAAAUAAUUAUAUUUAUACUAGAUACGUUUGUUGCUAUGUAAUUGUAUUUUUUUCCCUCCAGUAAUAAAUAGACCGAUACUUGA